UUAUUAUAUUUUAUUUUGUAUUAUUUUCUUUGCACAAUUGCAUGAUUCAUGGAGGAAACUUAGCUUGUGAUAACGUAAUUAAUUUCUUUUCAAGGAUUUUGACUUUUUGCAAUCAAUUUUUGCUAGCUCUACCGAAACCAAAUUUGUCUCACAUGCUUAUUGGCUAGAAUGUGACUUCAGAAAGAUAUGGGGUAGCUGACCUAAGAUUCUCUUUGAAUUUUUUAUUAAAUGCCAUAUGAAGAUUGGGUGUUGUGUAGGGUGUUUUACAAGAACAGAGAAGUUGGUGGCAAACCUAAUAGCAUGGGAAGCUGCUAUGAUGACACAGGCUCUUCAUCUCUUCCAGCAUUAAUGGAUUCUUUCAUCAGCUUUGACCAACAACAACAACCUCAAACCCAUCUUCAUGCUGAUGAGUAUGAGCAAGUGCCCUGCUUCUCCAUUUUCUCUCACACCCAAACAAGCCCUAUUUUCAACCACAUAAUGGAGCCUAAGUUAUUCCCUACCAACAACAACAAUAAUAAUGCAACUUUAUAUGGUGGAGGAGGAACUACUACAACAUCCAAUUUGGGUUCUUGCUUAGACCCUUUUUCAUGUGAUAGGAAAGUAUUGAAAGCUGUUUUCAGUCAGCUCACAAAUAUGGAAAGAAACAUACCUAAUAAUAAUAACAACAAUACAAAUAGUAUAAAAGGGUCACCAAGUUUAGGAGAAGGUAGUUCUGAGAGUUACUUAUCUGAGGUUGGCAUGCCCAACUUGUGGAACAAUUAUUGAUGUGGUAGUCCUUAUAGGCUUUGUAAUUUGUUUAUAUACUUUCCCCCAAAAUUAAUUUAUCCAUGUUCUUCAUA